GCUUUGGCGAUCAUGAGCACAGUGCGUGCAGAUCUAAAAUAGAAUUGUAAUUUUUAUAUUUUGUGACGUAUUAUCAGGGCAAACGAACUUUAAUCGAUCGUUACUAAGUAAAACAACAGUUUUAUUUUUGAGAGAAAACAAUAUUGUAGUGAUAAAAACACUGUAAUGUUUAAAUCUUUGUUCAAUUCUCUGAUAACUCAGGCCAGCUGUCAAGAGGGGGCUGGUUACUUAAAACGGGCGGACACCGAAAAACUACAUGAGAUCUUCCUGAAGUACGCCACCGUCGAGAAGAACGGCGAGAAAGUUAUCACCAGUGAGGAUUUUGUACGGAAGUAUCUCGGAUUAUUUGACGAAGAUGACUACAACAAGGAGUCUGUUAAGCUCAUUGCGGGCAUCGUUGAUAUGGACAAGGAUGGUUACAUCUCGUUCUCCGAGUUCCAAGCCUUCGAGGGCCUGCUCUGCGUGCCCGAUGCCCUAUACAAGACCGCCUUCCAACUGUUCGACACAAACGGCAAUGGACUCGUCGCCUUUGAUGAAUUUGCGGAGGUCAUGCGUAAAACGGUGCUACACAAAAAAUUACCAUUCAACAUGGAGAGCACAUUUGUUCGCCUCUACUUCGGCAAGGAUAAGAAGCGGCUAGUGACAUAUCCUGAGUUCAGUCAGUUCCUCCAUGACUUCCAUGAGGAGUACGGUGUGGAGGCGUUCAAGAAGUGUGACAAAGAUGGCACAGGGUUCAUCACUGCUGCCGACUUUAGAGACAUCAUGUUAUCUGUUAAGAACCAUCUGCUCACUAAGGAUUUGAAGAAUAAAGUUAUUAAUGCUUCGGGUUUCCCUCAAGGUGAAAGGAAGAUUAGUUUCCCGUAUUAUAUGGCUUUUAAUUCCUUAUUAAACAACAUGGAACUUAUAAAACGUGUAUAUUUAAAUGCAACAAACGGACAUCGAACCCAAGAAGUGACAAAGGAGGAAUUCCUUCAUUCAGCUCAAAUGAUGAGUCAAAUUACUCCGUUAGAAGUUGAUAUACUGUUCACGCUUUGUGAUAUGAUACAUCAUACAAAUGGUCGCAUCGUGUACAACGAUCUUAACUCAAUAACACCAGAGCAGUACUUUAAGCAAGUGACACGCAGAGUUGCAGAAAUUAAAGCAGUCUCGAGCCCGGAGGAGAGAAGCGUUCUUAUACAAAUCUUAGAGAGCACUUACAGAUUCACUCUCGGUUCUAUUGCUGGUGCUGUGGGAGCAUCAGCUGUGUACCCGAUAGACUUGGUGAAGACCCGGAUGCAGAACCAGCGCACCGGCUCCUUCAUAGGUGAGGUCGCGUAUCGCAACUCCUGGGACUGCUUCAAGAAGGUCAUCAGACAUGAAGGUGUCUUCGGACUCUAUAGAGGUCUCGUGCCUCAGCUGAUAGGAGUCGCGCCGGAGAAAGCUAUCAAACUUACGGUAAAUGACUUUGUGCGCGACAAAUUCAUGGAUAAGAAUGGCAACAUUAAUUUAUACGCUGAGAUUCUCGCCGGAGGUUGUGCUGGUGGAUCCCAAGUUGUGUUCACGAAUCCAUUGGAGAUCGUGAAGAUCCGUCUGCAAGUGGCGGGUGAGAUCGCUGGAGGUGGUAAAGUACGAGCCUGGUCUGUAGUCAAGGAUCUAGGUCUUUUCGGUCUCUACAAAGGUGCAAAGGCCUGUCUGCUAAGAGAUGUGCCCUUCAGUGCUAUCUACUUCCCCGCCUACGCUCAUGUUAAGGCGAAGUUCGCUGACGAGAACGGAUACAACCACCCGCUGACGCUGCUGGCGGCGGGCGCCAUUGCUGGCAUACCCGCCGCCUCCCUUGUCACACCUGCUGACGUCAUCAAGACCAGGCUGCAGGUGGUAGCGAGAUCAGGACAAACUACUUACAACGGAGUUAUUGAUGCUACUCGUAAGAUAUAUGCUGAGGAAGGCGCUAGAGCUUUCUGGAAAGGAGCAAUAGCUCGUGUAUUCCGCUCUUCGCCACAAUUCGGAGUGACUUUAGUCACUUAUGAGAUACUUCAGCGUCUCUUCUACGUUGACUUCGGUGGCUCACGUCCGACCGGCUCAGAGUUGCAUGUGGCAACACCUAUAGAGGAGACAAAGAAGAAAGCUGACCACAUCGGUGGCUACCAGGUCGCCACGCCAGUGCUCACUGGAUUAGAGACCAAGUUCGGUAUCUCAUUGCCCAGGUUCUCCUUCGCUAAGCCACAAUAAACAUCUUCGGACCAGUCCAGACUAGACUAUACAGUCCUUUAGACCUAGGACUAAAGUCUACAGAACUUUGAACCUAGGUCUAAAGUUUAGAGACCUUUGGACCUACAGACCUUUGAACCUAGGUCUAAAGUCUAGAAACCUUUGGACCUACAGACCUUUGGACCUAGGUC